UGGCAUACACUCCCUAGUGCAGAUCAUGGCCGACACUCCGUCGGAGCGUCUGCACCAGCGCAUCUACAACGUGACGGCGAUGAGCUUCACACCGGCAGAGCUGGCCGAGGCCAUCCGAAACUUCAUCCCCGGCUUUCAGAUGACGUACAAGGUCGACUCGAGACAGAACAUAGCCGACACGUGGCCGAGGGUGUUCGACGACUCCAACGCGCGCCGCGACUGGAACUGGAACCACACCUACAAUCUGCACGCCCUCUGUCAGGUCUGCCUGGAGAAACUCGGUCACAACCUCUCGGGAUCGGAGGUUCACGCCGUCCGCAGCUGAGUGGGACGGGACGGGACGCUCGGGGCCGGGGCGUGUCCGCCAGUAAUUUUGUUAUAUAUGUAUAUAUAUAUCAAUGCGUAUGUUAGAGCUAUCGUAGCACCUGCCGGUCGAAAAGCGUGGAGUCGAUUGUGAUACAUGUGGGUACGUAAAUAUGAGCAGAGCACGUGGCUUGUGUAUUUGUGUCUUCGUGUGUGCGUGCCGCGCGUGCGUGCGUGUGUGUGUAAAUGUCGGGGGGGGGGGACUUCUAGAGCACGUACAUUCCCAGAGUGCAAGUCGGAUAUUGGGGUGUAAAACGCCACGUGUGAUAUGUGAGUCAUAUUUAAAAACCGUGUAAUGUGUAUUCGCGUCUUCUUUUCGUCGAUUAUGGUUACCGUACCUUGCUGCUAUUAAUAGAAUUACAGCGCGUAGGCAUUAGAGAUUUAUUAGAGCUUUGCAUUAAUAAGGCUAGCAUCGACAUUUGUUGAUACAUAGAUCAGUCAGCUUUUAAGCUAUGUACCUGUGGCAGAUAUUUGAUAUUACAUGACCGUUUUUUUUCGUUAUUGCUUAAUAUUUAUUUUACAAAGGUUGUAAAGACUGCGUCGCACGCAUUGUCUUUGUGUACCGACAGCUUUUGUCUUCGUUUCAAUUCCGUGAAGGCUGAGCAGUGGCAUUUGCCAUGUUGUUGUUGUCAUGGUGAUCUGUGAGGCACAAUAUCUCUAGAAAGCAGGGAUUUUCAGUGUUUGGAUUUGAGAUGGGGGAUCGAAAUGGAAAAGUAGUGUCUCGUCAUUGAACAUGUGUCGAAAGUCGAGUGACAGACUACAUGUAGUUUCUCAGACAUGGUGGAACAGGCCCAGUGAGAAACCUGUUUGAUUCAGCUAUGAAAUAUUUAUAUUUGUACCCUUAUUUGACAUGCGUCUAUACUGAUAUGGGAAAUGUAUUCCCUUUCUAUAGGUGUUACUUUCUUGUUUAUAUGCAAUAGGAAUAGAAAGAAAGGUACAAAGUACUUCAUGUAUUCUGGAUGUAUGGUAACUAAUACUGGAAGCAUACACCUUAAUCAUUACGAUAAAGACCAAAGGACAGAAAGUCGACUAGUUUUAGUUCAUGUCACUAUUUUUUAUUUUUUUAAACUUAUUUUGAAGAACAUAAAAUCUAUGUUUAGCUGAUGGUUCUCGAUUGAUAAUUUUGAUUAAUAAGUUGAUGAUUUCUUUAACUCUCACAACAACAAAAUUGGGUAAAAUAUGUGGCUACAAGUUUCUGGCUGCAUUAAACCUGAAAAAGUGAGAAUUUAUCACUGUAAUUUCAAAAUCUAAUUUAGGUAUAAUAUUUCAUUAGGGCACCUUAAUUGGCACUAUAAUAAUUUUUUAUGCAUGUUUUUUUAUAUUGCUUGCUGGAAGUAUAAGAUUACAGUUUAGCUCUUAAACACAAGCACUGGGAAGGAAAUUUUUACAUUCAUUUCUCUGAACUGUUGCAAUUUAAAUGUUGCAGUGCAAUCCAUUUGCUGACAAAUAUAAUCUAGCUCAAAGACGUCUGCUUCAGGCUGGAAACGGAACUGGCAUAAUUUUGAUAAAGAAGCAGAUAUCAAAACAGAGAUGGGCAUUUAUUUACCCUGUACUGCUGAUUGUGGAAUCUCAUGGUGGUAUUAAUGGGUCUAAUUACCCCAAUGUGAUUUUUGAUGUGUCACACACACAGACAGCUUUUGUGAUUAGUUCCUCUAUAUCAAUAUAAUUGAACUGUGUUGGAGAAAAAUGGAGACCUUCCAUGAUUUCCCUUUGGUUAAAAUAUAGGACUUUCAUGUAACCACUUAUCACCAGAUCUCAAAUCAGAACCCACGUGUUCGUCUUUUGCGAUGCAUAUAAUAUUUGUGCUUCUCAAAAAACAUGCAUGGCUGUAGGUAACUGUGUUCUGAAAAUUGUUCACUUUGUACUUUUUAAUGUCGUGCAGGUGACUAAAAAUUUUGGAACAAUAGUGGAUUUGUGUAUUAGUCGUUUAGUGCAGUUUAAUUUUACACUAUUCAACACGUACAUAGCACUAUAGUAAAAAAGGUAUGGGUGGUAUGUAACUUCAAAUGUAAGUCGUAUGUUAUUUGCUCGCUUGCUUGCUAAGCAUAUGCUUGCUUGUAUAUAUUCUCUAUACACAGAUGAAUGUUGACACUUGGAUAUUACCAUUAUUACUGCUAAACCAAGUCAGCUAUGUGUAUUUUCUAGAAUCUCUUGAAUGACACUUAUGAUAGGUGAUAUUAUAUGGUUCACUAUUGUGAUGAUUGUUGUAGAUUUAGAUAUUUUACUAGGGGAAUUAACGUUUAAAGCAAAAAAGUGUUACUCUUGUAUGUGGGUGACACCAUUCCAUACAGGUAAUGGGUACACAGUAAGUGUAAUGUUGAUAAUAAAAAAAACUCGAUUUUAUCAAUUGUUUUAGUUAUGUUGCUUCGUCUAUAAAGCCCCUUUUAUAUAUGUUUUGUGUAAAGCGAGGCACUCCUGUGUUAGUUUGGGAGUUAUCAUGAUAGGAGUGUUUCCGUAUAUACCUUGGUCAUUUCAUUUUUUUUUGCAUUUUCACAUUAGAUUUUUGGGCCAACCCCCAAAAAGUUUUCCCAGGUAGUUAAAUACACUGAUCUCAUCAGCUCAGAUCUCUCAUCCCACCAGAUGAUAGUUUGGUUAUUGGUCCAACUGAUAGGGAAGGAAUAGUGUUGUUGAUUGCGUAUCUAAAAAAAAGUCUGCAUAUUCUAGCAUUUUAGCAGUUAAAUAAUUUCUAUGUACAGGUGUAGCGUUUUAUGAUCUUCCGGCGAGACUCGAUGGCGCAUAGUGAUUAUAGUCACAAGUUACCUUCUUGCUUCUCACUAUGUGGAGAUUCUGUAGGGAAAUAGGAUUCGAAACUGUCAUCCACAGUUGUGCGCAGAUAACACACCGAUGUAAGUUCACAUUAUUAUGUUACAUCUAUGUGACCCUCUCAAGUCGGUGGUUUAUAUUACAACAGAUAUACACGAGAAAUACAUAAGAAAAUAUACUCGAUCUGUAAUUACUUA